UGUGCACACACAGCACAUACACAUGUGCACACACGAGCAUGAGCAUAACACACGCACACACAAUGCACAUAUAAGUGCACAUGCACAUGCCAUGCACACAUAAACACAUAUAUGCACAAACACGUGUGCACACAUGCAAACACAAUACAGUGCACGUGCACACACGACACAACACACGUAUAUACACAUGUACACACGAGCAUACAUGAGCACAUGCAUGCACAUACAUGUGCAUACACAUACUCAAGCAAAACAUGUACAUAAGCACACACACAUUGUGUACGCACGUAGACAAGUGCACAGGGCAGUCAGGCUUUGGGCUCUUGGUGACAGUACAGUAUCACCAGCUCUCACACAGCCCCGUGAAGGAGUAGGGCCACAUUCCUCUGUCCAUUUUGCAAAUAAGGAUGCUGUGGCUUAGAGGAGGGCUGCCAUCUGCCCAAGGUCCUGGCUGGACCUGUUUCCUCCCAUCAGCACCUCCAGCUCCUCUGGAAGCAAAGUCCUCAGACUCUGACAGGUCCUUUUAUCUUCUAGCCAUGGCUGAGAGCUGCUGCAGAGCUUAAGCCCUCCCACGAUGGACUCGUGGGCCCACAGGAAGAGCCACCAGUCUAAGAAGUGUAGGAUGAAGACCCAGGAGAGAUUUGCCAAGAAGUUUCCAUACAGGUUCAGCUGGCUGACAGAACCUGGCCCAGAGUCCCUGCAGACCUCGGAGGUCAUGAAGAUUAACAACAGGCCAAGGGAGCAGCUGCCCCUGCAGAGGGGGUUGGUGCCAACAAGGUCCAUUCCAGACAGAGGUCUGGGUGGAUGGAAGCAAGCACCACCAAUCAAGAAAUCCAGAGGAGCAGGUAGGAGGAGCAAGGACAGUGCCCGGGAGGGUCAGGGUGGCACUGGGUGGAGGACCGCCCUAAGGCCACACUGCUGUGGCCAGCCACUGAGGGCUGUGUGGCUCUCCCCUAGGCUCCAGGUUCCAGAUUACCCCUCACUGCCGUGCUCCCCUCCACUGCAGCCAUGGCUGCUGCCCCAGAGACACCUUUGGGAGAUCAAGCUCCUAAUCCAACGAUUUCCUGGACAAGGAGCCCGUGUGCUGUCCCUCCUGGGCACCAAUGUGGACCAUCCCCGGAGUGGCUCGUGUCAGGAGCGUCCAGAGGCCUCUCCUAGAACAUCAUAGCAGCCUUCUCCUUUGGGCUCCCUGGUGACAGAGGCUCCUCUUCCAGGCAGAAGUGUCCUUUAGUGAGGGGAGCAGGCUUUAUGGCCAUCCCAAACCAGGAACUAUUUGCAUCCUGGGAAACCUUGUCAUACAAAUAAACUUCACUGGCUCAAGACACAGAUUCCA